AUGAACCGCGAGGUCAAGGUCGACACGCCCGAGAUCCUCGAGGCCUACGAGCGCGUGCGGUCCGACAAGGACGAGACCAACUGGCUGCUGCUGUCCAACGCCUCGGGCAAGGACAAGGAGCUGACGCUGACGGCGACGGGGUCGGGCGGGCUCGACGAGCUGACCUCGCGCUUCGACGAGGGCCAGGGCCAGUUCGGCUACGUGCGCGUCGAGUACGCAAACGACAGCGAGAGCACCCGCGUCAAGUUCGUGCUCGUCGUCUGGAUCGGCCGCGAGGUCAGGGGCAUGCGCAUGCGCGGCGUCAUCAACGAGACCAACGAGGUCAAGCGCGUCCUGAGCCACUUCAGCUUCGACAUCAAGACGGACGACAAGGCCGAGCUCAAGACGGCUGACGUCGUCCAGAAGCUGAGGCGCGCCGGCGGCGCCGACUACAACGGCGGCCGCGGCUAG